GAGGUACUGUGAAGAUUUUGGAAAGAAACUUCUUAGGAUGCCUGAGCCGGCGAAAUCUGCUCCAGCACCAAAGAAGGGCUCUAAGAAAGCUGUCACCAAGACGCAGAAGAAGGGCGACAAGAAACGCAAGAGAACAAGGAAGGAGAGCUACUCGAUCUACGUGUACAAGGUGCUGAAGCAGGUGCACCCCGACACGGGCAUCUUGCCCAAGGCCAUGGGCAUCAUGAACUCCUUCGUCAACGACAUCUUCGAGCGCAUCGCCGGCGAGGCCUCGCGCCUGGCGCACUACAACAAGCGCUCCACCAUCACCUCGCGGGAGAUCCAGACGGCCGUGCGGCUCCUGCUGCCCGGUGAGCUGGCCAAGCACGCCGUCUCCGAGGGCACCAAGGCCGUCACCAAGUACACCAGCUCCAAGUAAACGGUUUUAAACUAUAACCUAAACGGCUCUUUUAAGAGCCCCCAUGUUUUCCUCAAAAGAGCUGUAAUUGCAAAUACAGAUUUUUU